ACUAGGAUUGCUCCCUAAUUUGAGUUCCGACAACUGCAACACCUUGUGACUGAUAGUAGGCUUCUAUCGUGAGCGGAGAUUAGUCCAGAUAUGUGUUGAGCUUGCCCGGACACCAACGAAAAAAAACACAAAAAAAGAAAAAAAAAGAAAAAGAAAAAAACAACGGCAACAACAACAAUCACACAUACAUCGCAGAUGUAGAUGAUAAAAACUCUAUCGUGCGUGCAUCUUCUCUGCAACUUCAUUCCCGGAGACCGCAAAUGGAAGUCAGGGUGAAAUACACUCCCUAAAAACAGAAGAAGAAGAAGAAGAAGAAGAAGAGAGAUAAACACAGGGACACAAACAAACAAACAAACACGAAUCUACCUCUUCUCUCUCUUCUUCCCAAUUCAAUUUCUCUCUCUUAUUCCAAUUUACUGAUAUACCCAUAUUCGAUCUCUGCGGACCUUAGGGUUUUAGGAUUUGAUGAUUUGAUUUAGAGCUUGAAGAUUAUAUGUAUAUGUAUAUAUAUAUGUAUAUAUAGGUUUAGUGAGGAAUCAUCAUGUUGAACGGCAUGGAGAGGGCAAAGCUCGCGUGGUCUCGGUUGCCGAAUUCGGAGGAUGGUGAGGUAGACGAGGUUGGAGUCUCGAAGAAGAUUGAUGGAAGCAGCGUCGAGAGUCUCGACUAUGAAGUUAUUGAAAAUCAUGCCUACAGGGAAGAACAGGCACAGAGAGGAAAGCUAUAUGUUGGAUAUUAUGUCGUAGUGAAAUGGUUCUUUGCGUUGCUCAUUGGCAUAGGCACUGGAUUAGCUGCUGUCUUCAUUAACAUUUCUGUUGAAAACUUUGCUGGAUGGAAGUAUUCAUUGACUUUUGCUAUAAUUCAAAAGUCAUACAUUGCUGGAUUUGUGGUAUAUGUAUUGAUCAACUUGGUUUUAGUCUUCUCUUCUGUAUUUAUAAUCACGCAAUUCGCACCAGCAGCAGCAGGAUCUGGUAUUCCUGAAAUUAAGGGUUAUUUGAAUGGAGUUGAUACCCAUGGUAUCCUUCUUUUCAGAACCUUGAUUGGAAAGAUAUUUGGAAGCAUCGGUUCGGUAGGAGGUGGUUUGGCUCUUGGGAAAGAAGGUCCUCUUGUUCACACUGGUGCUUGCAUUGCUUCACUCCUUGGACAAGGUGGAUCAACAAAAUACCAUCUAAGUUCCAGGUGGCUACAAUUUUUUAAUAGCGAUCGGGAUCGUCGUGAUCUUGUAACCUGUGGAUGUGCAGCUGGAGUUGCUGCUGCUUUCAGAGCUCCAGUUGGUGGUGUGUUAUUUGCAUUGGAAGAAGUUACAUCAUGGUGGAGGAGUCAACUUAUGUGGCGUGUCUUUUUCACUUCUGCCAUUGUGGCUGUUGUGGUGCGUACUGCAAUGGGAUGGUGUAAGAGUGGGAAGUGUGGACAUUUCGGCUCGGGUGGUUUCAUAAUAUGGGACAUCUCAGGUGGUCAAGAGGAUUACUCAUUUGAGGAGUUAUUGCCAAUGGCAGUUAUUGGUGUUAUAGGAGGUCUUCUCGGAGCCUUAUUCAAUCAGCUUACACGUUAUAUCACUUAUUGGCGCCGGAAUUAUUUGCACAAGAAGGGAAACCGGGUCAAAAUUAUUGAAGUGUGUCUUAUCUCCUUGAUCACCUCAGUCAUUUCAUUUGGAUUACCCCUUUUUAGAGAGUGCACUCCCUGCCCCGAAUCAGACCCCAGUUCUGGUAUUGAAUGCCCUCGGCCACCUGGAAUGUAUGGGAAUUAUGUAAAUUUUUUCUGUGGCAAGGACAAUGAAUACAAUGAUCUUGCGACGAUCUUCUUUAAUACUCAGGAUGAUGCCAUACGAAACUUGUUUAGUGCAAAAACAAUUCAUGAAUACAGUGCCCAAGGCCUGUUGACCUUUCUGGUUAUGUUUUAUACCUUAGCAGUGGUGACAUUUGGAACUGCUGUUCCGGCUGGUCAAUUUGUUCCUGGAAUUAUGAUUGGAUCAACGUAUGGUCGUCUUGUUGGCAUGUUUGUUGUCAGCUUUUACAAGAAACUUAACAUUGAAGAGGGAACAUAUGCUUUACUAGGAGCCGCUUCCUUCCUUGGAGGUUCAAUGCGAAUGACAGUCUCACUUUGUGUCAUUAUGGUUGAAAUUACAAAUAACUUGAAGUUGCUACCUCUUAUCAUGCUUGUUCUCCUUAUAUCAAAGGCUGUUGGUGAUGCUUUCAAUGAAGGUCUGUAUGAAGAACAGGCUCAUUUGAGGGGCAUUCCAUUACUUGAAUCAAGACCUAAAUACGAAAUGCGGAAAAUGACGGCAAAAGGGGUAUGCGGGAAUCGAAAGGUUGUUUACUUACCUCGUGUUGUUAAGGUUGCGGAUAUAGUUUUUAUUUUGAAAAGCAACAAUCACAAUGGCUUCCCGGUGAUAGAUCACGCAAGAAGUGGAGAAACACUUGUUACUGGACUAAUGCUUCGCAGCCAUUUAUUGGUACUUCUGCAAUCUAAGGUAGAUUUUCAGCACAGUCCUUUGCCCAAUGAUUCCAGAGGUGGUUCUUUGCCAAUCAGGCACAAUUUCAGUGAAUUUGUAAAACCUGUUUCGAGUAAAGGGAUUUCCAUCCAUGAUAUCAAUCUAACUCCAGAUGACUUGGAAAUGUACAUAGAUCUUGCACCGUUUGUAAACCCCUCCCCCUACAUUGUUUCUGAAGAUAUGUCUUUAACAAAGGUUUAUAAUCUUUUCCGUCAGCUAGGAUUAAGGCAUAUAUUUGUUGUUCCCCGUGUUUCUCGUGUUAUUGGUAUGAUUACCAGAAAGGACUUGUUAAUCGAGGAUAAUGAGGAUUCAGCUACAGUAGAGCUCCAAUCAACUAGUGUAAGAGAACAUCAACGUAGCAAAUUAUCGGUACUGAGGAAUGCAGAUGCAGAGAUCCCACUACUUAAUGGUCUUCUGGCUCAAGAUCACUCCUCCAGUUGAGGCCGUCUGAUAUUUUCGGACAGACCAAUUCUUUCAUCUGUGUCCCCUAUCAUUAUUUUUUUGUUACCGGAAAUCUGAUUUUGUCUAUUCUGUGAUCUUUGUAAAUCUUCCUAGGGCAUAUGAUUUUUAUUUGCUGUGUUGUUUAUUGGGUGUUUUGCCAUGUCAGCAGCUCAUGGACCACACAGAAAUAUCUUGUAUUUUAUACAAUCAAUACGACAAGAAGUUAUAAAGUAUUAGUUAGAUUGUUUGAGGAAGUUGUACGAUGAA